AAAACUUCUCCCUGGGAUCUCGAUGGUACUCCCGACGGCGCCACCACCGCCACCGCCUCCCCGCGACCCCUCCUCCUAGCCGCCACCAGCCCGCCGCCGCGGCGCAGCCAGCCGGCCGAAGCCUCCGCUGCCCCGCCGCCCAGCAGCGCCUCCCUCCGUCGAGCAGCCGCUCCCACCAGCAGCGUGGAGCAGCCGCUAACGUCCAACAACGCCGCCGCCCGGAACUACGCCGGCGACCAGUCUAUAGGCAGUGCAUGUUCAAGCUUCGGAACCUGAAGUUGGAACAGCUCCGGCAUCAACAUUGUCAGUUUUAGGGGCUUGGAGCUGCUUCGGCAUCCACAGUAGAGCAAACAAGAAGGGAUUGUCCAGUACCCCCAAGCCGCUGUGGCAGCAGCAGCGCUGAGGUGAGGAAGGCGGUUAUAAGCAUGGAGCCCAAAGAGAAGCCCGAGACGACCAGCGCUGCCAUCCCACCUCCACCGCGGCUGGACUGCAUAAAGUGCUUCGAUGCACUAUGGUUCUGCUAUACCCCGCUCCACCAGCUGCAGAACUACUACCGCCACGGGGAUUUUGACACCUGCUUCGGCAAGUGGGGCGAUCUCGUUGACUGUCUCUCGCUCAAGACGAAGCGGCGGGCUGAGAUAGAGGAGAUCCUCAUAGCGCGGGAGAAGGCCAAGCCACACAUCUGGACCUUCCGGACUGUUGAAGAGGCGCAGGCGAACUGGUGGAAGAUGUACAAGCACAAGGUGGUGAUGUCGUCACCGCCGCCGAAGACUGCAGGUUCUGCUGUGCCUCCUCCUGGAUCCGGUGUUCUUUCCUGAUAAUUGGAAGUCAGGGGAGCCUACAGAAGCGUCGAUUGCGCUUUUGGUGCGCUGUGCUUAGACCGUUGGUCUUUGCUCAAACUUGAAUGUACCCUGGCAGGGUAAAUAAUUGGAACCUUGGAUGGAAUGGUACCUUAAUCCUGUUCUGUAAAUCAUGGCAGGCAACUGAACCGAGAUGUUCUGGUGGUUCUUUUGCUAUUUUUUGCACAAGCUAUGAUGUUAGCUUUUUUGCUUAGUUGGUUAUCAGGCAUAAAUGUUUUGGCUUGUGCUGUAGUGUGUUCUCAUCAAUUUCUGAACGCAGACUAGUUAAUUUCAAUUCAAAUGUGGUCAAUAA